AUGGACUGUCAGAAAGAUAAGCACCCAGGCGCGCGACUGAUCCUUCCCUUGCUCUUCGUGAUUUGCCCGGGAGUUCACUCGGCAGAUGCCGCCGAGCCGAGCCCCGGCGGGCUGCCCUCGAGCGCCCCCUCGCCGCUGCGCCGCUCCAAGCGCUGCUCCUGCUCGUCGCUGAUGGACAAGGAGUGCGUCUAUUUCUGCCACCUGGACAUCAUCUGGAUUAACACUCCGGAACGGACUGUGCCUUAUGGACUAGGGAGUCCUCGAACCCGGCGGUCACUGGGACACAUACCUCUUAGAAGCCUUCAGGGGUCAAGCAACAGAUGCCAGUGUGCUAACCCAAAAGACAAGAAAUGUGGCUACUUCUGCCAGAUGGGGAAAGAACACUGGGCUCAGUCCACCACAGAGAAGGGAAGGAGACAUCUUCACAAGGACAGAGGUUGCAACGGACGUGGACUGAAAUGUGUGGACCGGCAACUGGCUGGCAGUAAGAAAAUGAGAAGGUUAGAUACCAUCAGUAACAGCAUCAAAGCAUCUUUUGCUAUUGCCAAACUGAGGAGCAGCCUGCACAAACCAAAGCAGCUGAAGCAUAACCGAACAUAUAAAAAGCAAAAUGUUUGGGAAAGCCUGAAGACCACAUCGUAGUGGAAAGAUCACCAACCCUAAUCCUCGAGUCAUCAAGAAUUACUGACAAAGCAUUGCUGAAGCUCUGUUUUGACUUCUUAACAUUCCACUCCAGGAAAAGAUCAAGGAGUGUUGUUCUAAAUAUUAACUCUCUCAAGGUAAAGGAAGGCCCAAAUAAACCUUCCAUUCAGACCGAAUGACAAAGCAAUUAAAUACUGCCGUCCUCUUGGAAUUCAGUUGAAUGCCUUGGGUCAAAGAACAUCACUUCAGCUGAUUUUUUUUCCUUUUCAAUUUUGGGAGUCUAUCAGAUGAAGAAGGGGCAAAUCUGGGCCCCAGUUCAGAAAAGACGGAAAAACUGGAGCCGUGGGCUCAUUUGAUAUGGAAGGCUUUGGACAGAGCGGUCACAAAGUGUCCCACAAAGCUGUUUGUGAUCAAGAAGGUCAGAAACUGAGAGGUCAAGGCUGGAAAGAGAAGAUUGCUGUCACUGACUGUAAUUCAUUACAAAAUGACUGUGCUACUUGGACCAGGACACAUCUCGUGUGCAACAGGUCUACCUCACAUGCUCUGGGUUGCACUCUUACCUAAACAUUGCUGUAACUGUUAUGUGACCUGAAAACAUCAGUUGCAACCUUUCUUUCUUUUUGUCCUUUUUUUUUAAAAAAAGGUCAUAAAUAGGAGCUCACUGUUUAGUAACUCUUGAAUCUUCAAGGCCAAGGAUCAGUACUGUCUGUUCUCUAUAUGCAGAAAGGGGAAAUCAUCUGCAAGGUUCCAUUCUAAACAUGCCACAAUCAGGCAGCGGGGGCAGUAGAUUUCAUUGUGUUCCAGUAGAGCGUACUUUCAAAUGAGUGUGCUCAGUAAAUGGAGUUGAGUUUAUUUUAAGAAACUGCAUGAAUGCAUCCUUUGCGAAGGCUCUGACUAUGUUCAGUGGGAUGUGGAGGCUUGGAAAGCCAAUAUUCUAAUAAGAGAUUCUGCUACCUGGGCCUGAUCUGUAGAAAUGGAGAUUGUCCGGAUCUCUAGAUAUUAGGGAAUCAGGAAGGCAAGCAGUGGUUUCAAAGUAAGGUCAAUGGUUAAUAUGAAGUGAAAAUCAAUAGCGGUGGGUUUAUCAGUUUGUCUGAUAAAAGUCUGAAUUUUUUUUUGUAAGAUGUGCUUUUGAAAAAAAAACCUUUCUAUCUAUUAUCUAUUUAUAUUUGUGGAACUGCCAUUAUAUUUACCAUGUUGAAUAUAUAUUGAAACUGGCCAUAUUGGUCUAUGCAUGUCUUAUGUAUUUCUGUAUGAAAUUGAAGAA